GCCCAGAAUGGCCCAGGAAUAUGCCGUGUUCUAACAAAGGACUGGACCCGAGUGGCGAUGACAAAGCAAAGUAAGAGGGCCGUCCCGAUGAGGGCCACGGUCGAGGAAGGUAGCCAUGACAUGGCAGAAUCUCGCAUUUCUGUACCGUGUGGAAAACAGCAGUUUGGGAAACACAAGCUGGGUUCCGUCGUGUCACAUGGUGGGCAUUUCAUUUCCACGAUAACCACGGCCUGUUUUUGAGGUGUGCUGUGGUCCAGGGCUUGGGGAUGCUUGUUGGCUUUGCAGCAGCUAGGGUGUAUGUGCACUACUGCAACAGCAGAAGUGUGCUGGACCGCCUGGGACCAAUUAUCGAUGGUCCUUGUUGGUUUGUUGGCGUUCUGAGCGUGUGAUUGGGAAGCGGGGGACUCGCAUGUGUCAAGCCACACCGGCAACCGGGGGCAUGUUCCGUUCAUUGUCUGGGAUGUGGCUACCUCAGCUCAGCAUCCCCUAUCUAGCCGCUCGCCGUUUUCCUUGUUCUGGCUGACCGACCACCACGACUCCGCUCUUUCGAACUCUUACGGACCAUCAAACCCAAGUCGAGGCCGGAUCACAAACACAACAAGAUCAUGCCUCAAACACCGCCGGAGGAUGUCCGUCAUCAGCACGAAGUCGAGCUUGGACCGUCAGAUGCUCAUGAUGAAGAGAAUUACGACUCAGGUGUAGACGAUGCGUCAAGACGUAGUAGUCUCACCUCUCUACGAUCUAGCAUUUUUGAGUUCUACGAAGAGAACGGACGGACCUACCAUUCUAUGAGUGCUGGGAAAUAUUUCAUGCCGAAUGAUGCAUCCGAAGUUGAACGGCUGGACUUGCAACACCACCUUUUCAGAUUGACUUUUGACGACCAGAUUUGCCUUUGCCCAAAGAAAGACGGCGCCAAACGAGUACUUGAUCUCGGCACCGGAAGUGGCAUCUGGUGUAUCGAUUACGCGGAUCAGCAUCCCGAGGCAGAAGUCAUCGGUGUAGACCUAAGCCCAGUUCAACCGGACUUCAUACCGCCGAAUUGUUCCUUUGAGAUUGACGAUCUCGAAAAGGAAUGGACAUGGUCCAAGAAGUUCGACUUCAUUAUCAGCCGCUUCAUGACAGGCAGCUUCGCCGACAAUGCCUCCAUAGUCAAAAAGGUCUACGACCAGCUGGAACCCGGCGGUUACUUUGAAGCACAGGACAUGGCUCUGCCAAUUGGCUGUGAUGACGGCACCUUCACUGAGGACUCUGGCCUAUGGAUCUGGAUGUCAUGGCUCAUGAAGGCCAUGGAAGCUAUGCAUCGACCUUUCUCAGCUGCGCAAAACUGGAAGUCUAUGAUGGAGGAAGCCGGGUUUGAAGACGUCGUCGAGUACAUCUACAAGUGGCCAAUCAAUGGCUGGCCCCGUGACCCCAAGUACAAGAGGCUGGGCCAGUGGGCACUUUAUGACAUGGACCAGGUCAUGGAGGCGGCCAUCUUGGCGCCUCUUACGAGGGCAAUGGGCUGGAGUCAAGAAGAGGUGCUGUUGCUAGCUGCUGACGCGAGGAAGGUGUUGAGAGAUCCGAGGGUGCAUGCUUACUGGCCCAUAUAUGUUGUUUAUGGCCGCAAACCGUUCUCUUCGAAACAGAAGCCGAGUGUCGACAAGACUACCGCUUAGGGUCCGCAGGUUGAUCGAGGGAAGUACAAAGGAUAGCUGCGGGAGAUGAAAAUAAGAAUUUGUUGUUACUAUUUGCAGAC